AAUACUUUUUCACACGAGUGUGAAGUACAAACAUUUUUGGGGAUGAUUUCGCAGUCGGUUUUUAAAUAUGCAAAAUGAGUGAAGACAGCGACGAGGAGUAUGAAUUUUUUAAUGGAACUAAAGUUCAGAAAAGUGAAAAAGAAGAGCUGCCAAAUUUCGGCUUUCCGAAUCUCAAAGAUGAUCCUGAUUUACUACAAGGGUUCAACUGCAUCGAUUCCUCCAGCCUUAAUGUUAAUGAGUAUUUAGAUGCAGCGAUCACAAGUAACUUGAGAACAAUUGAGUUCAAGUGGAAAAGCGAAUGUCUGAUUUGUUCAGAGCAAUUUGAGGAGUAUCAGAAUUUGCUGGAACAUUGUAUGCUGUUGCAUAAAGAUGAGUUUGACGAAUAUUCAUGUACGUUACAAGAUUGUGGUGUUGUGUUUGCCGAUGAGGAUCUACUCGCACGACAUUUAGUAUUAGCACACAGCGAUUUGGAGAACGUUAAAAUAUAUGGCAGUUGUUCUUUUUGUGGAUUACGGUACUCGAAUUUCCAUCAAUUGAAUAAGCAUUCGUGCUAUCAUAAACUAAAACGCACACCUGGCAUACAACCUUAUUGUGAGUAUUGUAAGGAGGAGUUUGUCUCACAUAAAAGGUUGCUGUUUCACCUGCAAUUUCAUUUAGCAAAGCGCCGUCCAAUGGCUUGCUUAAUAUGCAACCAAGAGUUUUGCGAUGUGGAUGAGUUCUUUCUUCACGUAAAUUAUGCGCACGAAAAGCCAGAUAAACAUGCAUGUACUAUCUGUGAUCGCGUAUUUAUAGACAUGGAAAACUAUAAUUUGCAUGUGAAUAUGCACAAAAACAAGCCAAAGUUCAAAUGUGAUGAAUGCAGUAAAAUGUAUCAUGUUGCAAGGAUGCUGAAAAAACAUAAGGAAGAUUGUCAUACCAAAAUUGAAUACAAAUGCGACUCUUGCCCGCAAAUAUUUCCAACAUUUUCAAUGCUACAAAACCAUUUAAAAUGGCAUAAAGCCGAUGUCGAGAAGCAAGUCUACACUUGUUUGAAUUGUGGCUUGAUUGGCGGUGAUUACGAGAGUCUUGUGAAACACACCAAUCAAUCAUGCUCUGAAUGCUUCGAUUGUGAAAUUGUUGAAGAAACACUUAUGGUAUCCUAUCGCUGUCAAUACUGUUCACAAGAUUUUAAGGAUAAAGAUUCGUUGCGGAAGCAUCGUGCUACCGGCGUGCAUGAUAAUAAAAAGUUCAGUUGUCCCAUCUGUCAGGCUGAGUUCGAUAAUCCUAAAGGAAAACGUUUUCACAUGGCAAAACAUAAAAAUUAUCAAGCUAUAUUAGAAGGCCUACCCAUAAAGCGUUUAAUGAUGUGCGAUGUGGGCGACUGUGAAGAGUCAUAUGGUGAAUGGUAUUCCCUGCAACGGCACAAGCAUCGUUUACACCAACCAAACAGCUGUCCUAAGUGCAAUAAAAAGCUAUCGAACGUAGCUGAAUUCGAGUGUCACAUUGCACAAUGUCAAACUAAUGAAUUUACCUGCCAAUUUUGUAAUAAAAAAUGUCCUACCAAAAUGUCUUUAUCCGUGCAUAUAGCGCGUAGUCAUAAUAACAAAAAUAUACUCUGUCCACACUGUAUGCGCGCCUACAAGGAUGAGCAAGCGCUGCAACAACAUAUAGACUAUACACAUGUGCCAGUGUCGUGUACGCAUUGCGAAAAAGUUAUAAGCUGUCGACGCUACCUAGAGGUACAUAUGCGUGCUGUACACGAAAGUGUCUGCAGAUAUUUCUGUACGCAUUGUAAUAAAGGAUUCUAUCAUCGCUCACAAAUGGAGUUGCAUGAAGAGAGCGUACAUGUGGACGCCAUUUACAGAUGUGGCGAAUGUAAUUUUAAUACCAGAUAUGCCAAGUCAUUAGAAAUACACAUAGCUAAACAUUUGAAGAAGUUAGAAUUUAAAUGUCCACAUUGCGACAAAAUGUUUGGUCGUAAAGGCGCACUGAAUAUGCACAUUAAACGCCAUAUGAAUGAUAAGCGUUUUAGAUGCGCCGACGUCAUUAUUGAUGGUUGCGAUGCUUCCUUUGUUGCACGCCAUUUACUCAACACUCAUAUUAUAAACAAACACUCAUCGCAAGGUAAAAGUCGCAAGACAGCCAGCAAAGGUCGACAAAGCAAAGAUGUUGGCACGCAACGGAUACCAAAGCAAAGCAAUAGAAGUGUACAGCACGCAGUGGUCGAUAUGAACACAGAUGCAGCGUUGCUUCAAACAGCUACAGCUACGCCGACUUUAGCAGAUAUGGAAACUGAAAAUAACUUUACAUUGGGUGAAACAUUGCCAAGUGCUGCUGAAGACAAUUGCAUGUUGUUGGUGGUCGACGAUGGAUCAUUACAAAUGGUUAGCGCUGUUGAUAAUGCACAAUUAUUUGUAUACAGAGAAGAAAUGUGAACGAGUAACUCAUACUAGCUAAAAUAUACACACCCAAAAAAAUUA